AGCUGCAUAUUUUCUAUGGCAAUUCUAUUUUUCAAAUCCAUAUUAUAUCAUACCCGGUUUUGGGCAAAAUUGUUGUUAUAUUACUGGACUUUAUUUAUAUCAGCAUUUUCCGGUGUUGUUUUAUCGAUUAUUUUAUUUGUAUUAGGUAAAUCUAAUAUCAGCCAAUGGGGGGUUGCACGUAUUUGUAAUACAAUUUCUGCACCAGCUUUAAACUUGAAAAUACAUGUUGAAAAUGAGCAUUUUAUGAGGGUUAGACCAUGUGUUUUUAUAUCUAAUCAUCAAAGUGAACUUGAUAUUCUCUUGCUUGGUCGAUUAUUUCCAAAGUAUUGCAGCAUUGUUUCAAAGAAAAGUUUAAAAUAUGUUCCUUUUUUGGGCUGGUUUAUGAUUCUUAGCAAAACAAUUUUUAUUGAUAGGGCAAAACGGGAAAAUUCCAUUAAGAUAUUUGAAGAGGUUUCUGGACAAAUCAAGGCUAACAAGGUAAAUGUGAGACAUUGGUUAAUCAUUAUUAAAUUAUCAAUUAAAAGCAAAGUGUAUGGAUUUUUGUUGAGGGAACGAGAUCAGGAUUUAAAAGUCCUGAUCUUUUGCCGUUUAAAAAAGGGGCAUUUUAUUUAGCAAUACAGGCUAAAAUACCCAUUGUUCCUAUAGUGAUUCAAAAUUAUUCUCAAAUCUAUCAUUUUAAAAGUCGUAUUUUUCAACCAGGAAUAAUUAAGGUUAAAGUUCUUAGCCCUAUUGAUACAGCUUUUUUUUCUGAAUCUGAUGUUGAUCGAAUUGUAUUAGAAACACGUGAAAAAAUGCUUCAAACU